AUGGACUACAAUGUACGCGGCAGACGUGCGCCCCUUUCCCAGUGCAAAGUGCCAUUGUCCCUGGCUGAAAGCCGUGUUCAAGACGAGGCAAACAAGACGACAACAACGACGAAGCUGACAUGCGAUGACUUUGGCCGGGAGACGAUACCAUCCAUCUACAAGGACAGCACAACGCUGCUCCAACAUCUGACCCAGUCGUACAAGGAAAUCGAUCUAGUAAGCUCGCGCAAGAAGGAAAACGACCAGGGUAUUCUACGGGAAGAAUCUUUCCAGUACGAUAUUCACAACCAUCUCGUCAGCUACGACUGUACCGGCAGUCAACCGCCGACGGAUUACCAGGGCCGCUCACUGCGAUGGCAGCAUUUCAGGUUUGGCAAACACGACAACAUCACCCAGUGCUCAACGUUAUUUCAAGACGGCAGUACCAACACGGCAGUCUAUUCGUCCAGCGAGCAGGAUCCCACACAGCUCGUCAACAUGAGAAAUACUGACACCAGCGACCCUGCCAAAUAG